UUACCAGCGGAAGACGAUUAUUUGCUUUAAAAUUCCCCAUAAUUACGCUUGUUUCCUACUAUUGUCUACAUUGUUAUUUUUCUGUUUUGAAAUUAUUGAGAACGGAGUCUGUAGAGAUAACGAUAGACCAUUAAUAAUUGGCAUUUAUUUGAGCGAAGUUUGAUAGGCCCUAUAUCACAGAUCUUUAUUAUCAUAUCAGUGAUCAGAGAAAAUGAGUACUGUUAAUAGUUCUUAUAGCCAAACUUCAGCCAAAACUGACUGGAAUGUAUCAGAUGAUGAGGAUGAAAAUGAGGAUGUUGAUUUCAAAUUAAAUGAAUUAAUAUGUGAAGGUGACUGUCAACAUGCAACUGAUGGACAAACAGUUACAAAGAAAAUUAAAGAGAAAGUCAAGGAAUUAUUUGAGAAAUUACCUGUCAAACAAAGUACUGGUAACCCAAAUGCUCAUGUGAGUUGGGAAGACUUCUAUGGGCCCGAUUCUGAAGAUGAAUAUGAAAACAAAGGUGGAAAGAGAUUAAUGGUAGUUAUACAGAAUGAGACAUUUUAUGAAUCGCAUAAGCGUAUUGGGUGUACAGCUGAUAGAAAGGCUCUGAAAAAAACAUUUAAAAAUCUUGGUUUCAGGGUUAAAUGUUUUAAAAAUCUUGAAGCCAGACAAAUAGGAAAAACGCUUCAAGAAGCAAGCAAGGACUUUAUUCAUGGAGAGGCUGAUUGUUUUGCUUGUGUUAUUUUAAGUCAUGGUGGUGAAUUUUAUACAAAUGCUCACGAAAGAAAAAAUAUGAUAUAUGGUGUUGAUGAAAGUAGAAUAUCAGUGGAACGUAUCAUGAAUUAUUUUGAUAGUCAGAAUUGUCCUGCUUUACAGGGUAAACCUCGGCUUUUCUUUGUACAGGCAUGUCGUGGUAAAGAUAGUGAUGCUGGAGAAAAUAUUCAACUACUAGGAAAAAAUACAAGUCAAAGGGAAACUAUAAAAGAGAAAACACAAGUAGAUGCUGUACCAAGCAUAUCUUCCGAAGCCAUUAAUGAUCAGGAAAUAAGCAUUUCUGAUAGUCAGCCCAUAUUACCGAUAGCAAUAGAAGAGGAUGGGCGACAGGGAAGAACGUCUGGAACUGGACCUGUGCCUGAAGACAUGGAUAAUCAACUAAUUAUUAUGCCCAGUCCUUGUUAUACAGAUUCACUAAUUAUGUUUUCAUCACCACCAGGUCAUGUGUCAUACACCAUGACUAGUGGUUCAUGGUUUAUUCAAAGUCUGUGUGCUGAAUUCAAUAACUAUUCUAAUAAUAAACCAUUUGUUCACUACCUGACUAAUACUUGUAGAAGAAUUGCUUUAGACUUCAAGAGUUUGGAUAAAGAACAUGCAAAAUAUGAUGAUAAGGUGGUGGUACCUUGUAUUUAUUCUAGUCUUACAAAAGAUCUAAAAUUAGUUUAAAAGAAUGGAAUCAAAAUCCAAUAUAGGGCAUACGCAUUUACAUUAACAGUAUAUCAAUUUGGAAAAUCUUGGAGACAUUGACACUCUAGAGACAAAGGUUAAUAUCUGAUUGACUUGAAAGGUGUUCGCAGUGUUAAAGUUCACCAGAGGAAGAAACCUAUUGUUUUUCAAUAAUUUCUGGUAACCCGAAAAGUUAAAGUUAUCUGAUAAUUACCUUUAGAGUUAUUGCCUUUGUUCAAUUUUUUAAAUCUUGUGGACAAUGUAGAGAUUAAAGUUAUUAACCAAUU